AUGGGUCAACAGGCCGAAAGAGCCAAUGCGGCUUCAAAAUGGCCGAAGAUAGUGGGUAUUCCUAUAGCUGCUAUGGUUCUGUUAAUACUAUUCCCUGUUCUUAUUCCUGCUGUACUUGUUUGUGGAGUUGUGGCUGCUCUUCUCUACAAAAACAAACCAUGUAACCCUGAAGAUGUGCGAAGAUUUUUUGAUGGUUUCCGCAUUGGAGGACAUCGUGGUGCACCUAAAUCAUUUCCCGAGAAUGGAAUGGCAGGUUUCUAUCAGGCUAAAGCUGACGGUGCUGAUCUCAUCGAAUUUGACGUGGCACUGACGAAAGACGGUGAAGCCGUGCUUUUACAUGACGAUGACCUCGAUCGAACCACAAACCUUACCGGUCCGAUACGUGAUAAAACUCUGGCUCAGCUUGCUCAAGCUAAUAUUAGUGCCCACUUCACCAGAUCAACGUACAAUCGCUUCUUGGCUUGCUUUCCAUUCUUUAAAUGUCGCGGUUUCAGUAUUUCUUGUAAAUUUUGCAGGAAAGGCAACCUACCGCCGGUAAAGGACGAAGGAAUUCCAAAAUUGGAGACGGUCGUAAAGUGGGCAGUGGAGAACAAAAUGAAGAUGCUUUUCGACGUGAAAGAUUCGGAUCGAGAGCUCGUAAAAAUCAUCGGCGACCUGUUCGAGAAGUAUCAGCUCUACGACAAAGCCAUUGUAUGCAGCUUCUUUCCCUGGGUCGUCUAUUUUGUAAAACAAGGAAAUCAAAAAAUUCUUAGUGGCCUCACUUGGCGUCGAAGAUUCUUUUCAUACAAAGACCUCGAGAAUACGGUACCUCGCUAUAGUGGACCCAAACACUAUCUUUUUGUUCUGCUUGAUAUGAUCCAUGUGCAA